CUGGUUUCUCUUCACGUAAGCUGCAUCGUGAAUUUUCAUCUACAAUAUUGAGAGAAUGUCAGAGCAAUUUGAUAUAGACUUCUAUGAGUCCAACUAUACUGUCAACAACCAAGAACAAGAUUACAGUGGGUCUGGAACCACCGGAAGUGUUUAUGGAAGCGAAAGGGCUCAGAUAGGGAACAAACCACAAUUGGAUGCAUUCUCUCGUCCAGAAGUGCUUUCAUCUUCUCAGCCGUACACAGGCCAGAUUUUUCAGCCAGCGCACUCUUCUGAAUUUCCAUCUGAUAACACUUAUCCUGACAGCUUUGAUGAAGAACCUCCUUUGCUAGAAGAACUAGGGAUCAACUUCGAUCACAUCUGGCAAAAAACUUUAACAGUCCUCAACCCAAUGAAGCCAGCAGAUGGCAGCAUUAUGAAUGAGACGGACUUGACCGGGCCGAUGGUUUUCUGCUUGGCCCUUGGAGCCACCCUUCUGCUGGUGGGAAAAGUUCAUUUCGGUUAUGUGUACGGCAUGAGUGCCAUUGGAUGCAUCACAAUCCAUGCUCUGUUGAAUCUGAUGAGCAUAGCAAGUGUUUCGUAUGGAUGUGUGGCCAGUGUACUAGGCUACUGCCUGCUGCCAAUGGUGAUCCUGUCCAGCUAUGCAGUGAUUUUCUCCUUACAUGUUGAGGCCAGAACCAUGGACAGCAGACCAAAACAGCUGGAAACAGAAUACGCAAGCCAGGCACCAGGAGGAGCAAGGAACAAGUGUGGGCCAAAAGACCAGAGCUAUGGAGGAAGCCUUCCACCGGGGGAUUCUAGGAACGCUGCUAGCCCUGACGAUCAUCGGAUGGUGCAGCCUCUCGGCCUCCAAAAUAUUCACCUCCGCUUUGGCGAUGGAAGGCCAGCAGCUCCUGGUCGCCUACCCCUGCGCUUUGCUCUAUGGCCUGUUUGCACUCAUGACAGUUUUCUGAGCUGCACUUUCUGACUACUCUACCCUGUCUACAUAAUAGCUAAUUGCAGGUUUGAAAAAAAACGUCUUCGGUAAAUCUUUUAGAGUGGCUGUAGACAAAGAAACGAUCAAAUUAAAGCAUGGGACGAAUAGGUGCAGAGGAAUGGUGGUUAUGCCAAUUCACCUUCACUGGAUCAGAUGGUGUGUGACAAAAGUAAGAAGAAAGCCUCAGGUAAACCCAGGCUGAAUUCUUUGGAGGUCUGUAGCUAUUGGCUAAGAGAGCUCUGACUUCAGCGGACUGAAAUGGGCCCUCUCCGCCACUGGUUCCGUUAAUGAGAUGCUAUGGAAUGCUCUGAGGUUGCUGUUUUUUUAAAAGGCUGUGGGUACACAGUGCCCAGAAGUAAGCAGGGCUGUAUGCCAUUGGUUGGAAGGAGGACAGCAGAAAAGUGAGUAGAUAAGGCUCACAUCAGUUGUUGCACAUUGGCUCAGUUCAGACAUGUUUUAUUCUAAGUUUGAUCAGCUUGUGGAACCAGCUUGUUCAUUUCCAAAGGCUGGGCUCACUGCCUUCACCCUUUCUCUUACCUCCCCAGCAGAGUCCUGGCUGCUGUCCUAGCAAGCAUUGCAGUGAGGAGGAACAAGCCAGGAUCGAUGUAUCAUUACACUACAUAAAGCCAUAGGGCUCUUUUUGUAGAAAAGGCCCAGCAUGAACUCAUUAGCAUAAUAGGCCACGCCCAACAG